AUGGUUUGGUGGAUGAAUCAUAAUCCCAGUAAGCAAAAAGAAGGCGUGUUCAAUGGCCUGGAAACUAAGAACGAUACGGUUUACGAAACUAUUAAUAUUAUGUAUGAUUGCCAUAAUGUGUCAUACGACAGAUAUGACAUUCGCGCCCUUGUUAAUGCUGGAGUAAAUAUCAUCAAUGUCGACAUGACAAUACAUGAUAAUGGAUUUUUCCAACAAAUCAAAAUUGCUGUAGAUUUGUUUGAAAAAAUACCGCAAAUUAUGCCGUCGCUUUAUAUUCCUGUCGGAUUAUCUGUUACUAUAUCUGCUCUAAAUCCUAUUGACUUAGAUGAUAGAGUUGACAUUAUAAUUUUAAAGGAUGUUACGUCGACGAACCAACUGCGCGAAUUCAAGAAACAAAAUAAGAAAUUGUCAUCUAUGACCAUUUUACUCUGGCCUCCGUCCCUUGGAAUUGUGGACCUAAAUGAAUUAAUUAAGGCUCGCAAACCCGUAUUCUACAUGCACCCGGACAUAGUAGAAGAUUAUUACGAAGGUCCAUCUAACGAUAGAGAAUUACUGACACAAGUGCGUGAAUUGAUUACGAAUCGAUUUGAUGGUGUUAUUCUGAAAAACCAUGGAAAACAACCGCCAAUAGCAUUCAUACAGUCGUUUGUAAGCGCCACAGAGAUACUAGAAAAUGAAACCAAUCUAACUGCAGAUUAUUUUAAUAAAAGUUUUCCACUGUUGCUGCCGGUUCUACAACCGUACUCUGUAGCGCUGGCUGCUUCUAUUGCGGCCGUAACAUGUGGAGCAAAGGCUAUCUUUGUACUAACUUCUACGGGGUCUUCAGCAAAGGACCUGUCUUGUUCAGCACCCCCAUGCCGUGUACUCGCCAUUACGAGAAAUGAAAAGUGCGCUCGAAGAAUGCAUCUGUAUAGAAAAAUUAUGCCAUUGUUAUAUCGAGAGAAACGGUUAGGUUCCUGGCAAGAAGAAAGGUUGGCCCGAACUGCUUUUGGCGUAAAAUUUUGCAUCAAAUGUGGCCUACUCGACUUCAAUGCCAAAUUAGUGGUGUUAGCCCCCGACGACCAAGGAACUGCGUACUGCAAUGGCUUCCAAAUAUUUACUGUUUUACACAUUAUGAAUUUCUACUUAUGUGAAAAAGGAAUAUAG